UUUCAAGUCACCCCCGGCUGAAACCCUGCCUGAUUUGUGGGCAAUGUUGGGGAUGUAGAAAAAAAGGAAACCGGAGCAAAGAGAGCGCAAGGGAGAGAUAGGGAGACAACACUAACUGGGUAGCUAUGGAGAUAGUAGGUUUUCCUGGUAGCUUUCUUUGACAGGUGUCGAGUGGGAUAAAAUAAAGUAUCAGAACAUCCUCCAAGAUGUACGGCAAGGGUAAAGGAGCUGUGGUCCCCUCCGAUAGCCAAGCAAGAGAAAAGUUAGCAUUAUAUGUGUACGAAUACCUGCUACAUGUGGGAGCACAGAAAUCCGCACAGACCUUCCUAUCUGAGAUUCGAUGGGAGAAGAAUAUUACAUUAGGGGAGCCUCCCGGAUUCCUCCAUUCGUGGUGGUGUGUAUUCUGGGACUUGUAUUGUGCGGCUCCAGACCGGAGGGAGACCUGCGAGCACUCCAGUGAGGCAAAGGCCUUCCAUGACUAUAGCGCAGCGGCAGCGCCCAGCCCCGUGAUGGGCAACAUGCCCCCGAACGACUCCAUGCCAGGUGGUCCCAUGCCCCCAGGCUUCUUCCAGGGACCACCCGGCUCUCAGCAGUCCCCCCACGCACAGCCCCCCCCACACAACCCCAGCAACCCCAUGAUGGGACCCCAUGGCCAGCCUUUCAUGUCACCACGGUAUCCAGGUGGACCGCGUCCCCCACUCCGAAUGCCAAAUCAGCCUCCGGGGGGAAUCCCUGGAUCUCAGCCUCUCCUGCCAAACAGUUUGGACCCGACAAGACCGCAAGGACAUCCUAACAUGGGUGGACCUAUGAGGAUGAACCCUCCUCGAGGAAUGGCCAUGGGCCCACAGAAUUAUGGAGGUAUGAGGCCUCCUCCCAACUCUAUGGGCGGUCCCAUGCCAGGAAUGAACAUGGGUCCCGGAGGAAGAGGGCCUUGGCCAGGACCUAAUGCCAACUCUAUAGCCUACUCCUCCUCAUCUCCAGGAAACUACGUGGGUCCUCCAGGAGGAGGAGGUCCACCUGGAACUCCCAUCAUGCCCAGCCCAGGUGAUUCGACUAACUCCAGUGAAAACAUCUAUACAAUGAUGAAUCCUAUCGGACCGGGAGGCAACAGACCCAAUUUCCCUAUGGGACCUGGGCCUGACGGGCCAAUGGGACCUAUGGGAGCCAUGGAGCCACACCACAUGAACGGAUCACUAGGGUCUGGGGAUAUGGACGGGUUGCCAAAGAGCUCCCCUAAUAACAUGGGGGGCAUGAACAACCCUCCUGGAACGCCGAGAGAUGACGGCGAAAUGGGCGGGAACUUCUUGAACCCAUUCCAAAGCGAAAGUUAUUCACCCAACAUGACGAUGAGUGUGUGAUUUUAUUUUUUUCUCCCUGUUUUUGUAUUUUUCUUAAUUUCCCCUCCUUUUUUGUACCCCUACACCUGUUUUUUUUUUCUUCUUUUUUUCAAUUCAAUCCUUCACCUCGGAUUGGACACAUCUCCUCCUCACACACAUCCUUUGCCCCCCCCCCCCCGCCCACAUUGGAUCCGCUCUCCCCUCCCCCUGCAAUUUACCUUCUCACUUGGGAACUCUAUGGCCACGCAGCCUUCUGGGACAGCCCUUGAGCAUGCUGGAACUCUAAUUAAGACGGGCCCUCCUGGAGCAUGCAAGAUGGCCGCCGGUCUGAAUAGGAAGCAGUCACAGAGCAACAGGAAGAGCCUCCUCUCUGACUCCGGCCCCCGCCUCCCUGGCUUUCUGUCAGGUUCUAGACAAUGAGCGAGGGAAGGAGGACAAACGGAGAGAAAGUGGAAGAGAGGAGACUGGAGAACACUCCCUCCCAUGAGGACAGGUUUUUAAGCCGCUGCCUGGAAGCUUCUCAACCGCAACUUUGGACAUUUUGUUUAGUUGCCUUUCCUCCCCAAUUCAGUUGAGGGUCAGAUGAAACCACCCCCUUUUCCCCCCACAUUGUGACUUUCUGUGUGUACAUUUUUUACAGAGGUUGUGUGAUGAUCAGUAAACUCUCCCCCCAUCCCCUAUUUCUUUGUGUAUGUAUUGUAUCAUUGCUAUUUUUAUUAUUGUAAUAUUGUUAUUAAUGAUAUUGAUCAUUUUAAGAUUAGGUUUUAAUUUCUGUUGUUUCUAAGGGCACAUUAUUAUGAUGAAGACAGCACAUGUACACGCAAAUCAGACAUUAUGUGCUGUGUAGCAUGUGGCUAAAUGUGAGCACACUGCCCCUGCAGGUAAGAUGUUAUCCAUCACGGUACUGAUUGGCCCUCUUUUCAUUUUUUGUUUUGUUUUGUGUCAGCAGCCAUCUAAAUUUUUAACUGCUUGUUCAGUAAUCCAAACCAGAAGAAGAAGCAGCUCCUGUUUUAGUAGCUUCCAUGCAGUGAAAUGCACAGCUCUAUUUAUUUAUGUACUUUAAAUUUGUCUUAUGAGUCAUUGUUACUUUUUUUUUUAAAGUGUUAUCCCUGUUUUUUUCUUAAUUGCAGAACUAGUAGCAACUGUGUAAAUAUGCAGAUCCAGUCAACAGCGUCUCCUCAUCUCCGUGUUACAUCCUUAGACCCCUCCUUUUUCUGAGCCCUGAAGGGGCCGACGCCCCCCCCCCCCACCCCCACACACACUCAGGCUGCUUCCACUACCGCUGCCCUCUUAGGUUACUGUUCACUCCAACAUGUGCGUAGGCUACGGUAUCGUCUCUGCUAAACUGUGGUGAACACUUGGCUUGUUUUUUGUUUGCUGAGGAGUCCUCAACACACUGAUGUAUGUCUGUGCUUUAUGGAAUUUCUGCUUUCCCACACCAGUCAGUUCAGCUUGCAGACAUGUUGUCACACAUGCAGCACUCCCUCUGAAAGGACUUCUGGCUCUCUGCUCAUCGGAUCAAUGGCGUUUUUUUUUUAUGUCUGAGCAAAGCAGAAAGAGGAAAGGUGUUGCUCAGUUUGACUGUAACUGGUGGCCUCCCUCCCUUUGCUCAUCUUGAAAAAAAAAGACCUCCGUCCUUUUCCUUUCUCUCACCUUUUCAGCGGGCCAGCAUCGCCACACGGCCACACACACCACCCCUCUCUCUUCUUUUUUUUUUGUACAACUCUCCAUCUUUUGAUUUCAAGUUUUUUGUAAAUACUGUAAAAUGCAUUUUGAUAUCAUUGACAUGUUUUGAUAUUUUCAAAUCACAACAACAGUUGAUCAGAAACGUGCUGAUUCGGGGCAACUGUGUGUGUUCGUUCAGAGAUGGUGUUUCUUUGAUGACGAGGAACAGAAACUGGAGCUGCUAUAGACUAUUAUGCUAUUUCACCUCAUCACAGACAGACGCUGUGGCGCUUCACUGUGCAUCAGAGCCAUAGCGUCAAGUGGUCUAAGAGGACAAGGGAGGACAAUUUUGUAGUGAGUGUGUUUGAACGCCUUUUAGCUAACUCACUGUCACACGCAUUUCCUUAACAAAUCCUUAAAUUAACAUGAUUCUUGUCCAGAAGCCUCCUAUGUUCUUGGAAAAUUUGAAGCGAGGUGGCGAAAAAGCCACAAAACGGGCAUAUUUUUCACUGUGUUUCACAAGGAAGUUGCAAGAACAGAGCAAAAGAGGCCAGUUUUUCAUAAUAAAAGUCGUCCCUUCUGUGUCUGCCCCGGAUACCUUGCAUUAAACUACCCUCUUGACACAACCGAAGCCCAAAGAAGGCCACACGGACACUGGGUCUCAAUCUGACACACCAGGGACCAGAGUACAGACUUUACUAUGAAGGAUUUUUUUUUUUUAUUGUAUCUAUUUAAAAUGGGGUGAGGAGAAAUGUUUUGGGAAAGUAACGAGAAAAAAAAAUAACGGACAGAUUUGUUCCUAUUGCUAUGAAGAGGUAGAGAGAGUGCGGGAACAGGCGUUUCCUCCCCUGUACUUUGAAAAACUGUUGUAUAAAAUGCAGUGAAACUUCUCUCUAGCUUUCUGUCCUGUAAGUAAAGCUGUCACAACGUUGAUCAUUUCUGUAUUUCUAUUGUGCUGAUGUAUAAUACUGUAACAUUCAGGGGUAGGGAGGGUUAAGAGAGGAAUUUUUGAGGGGAGUAAAGAUUUUUCUGUUCAGUUCCUCAUUUUUUUUCCCCCUCUUGAUGACAAAGCAGUAUUGAAUAUGAGGCAGUCUCUCCUUGGGGAGUUGCUUUGUAUCUCAUGUUAGGGUAGUUUCAGAUCCUAAAUGUCUCGUGUAGUAAAAUGAGAGGUUCCUUCUUCGUACGUUUCUUUAUAUUGUAAAGUUUCUUUAGACAAAAAAUGUUGCUUAUUGGAAAAAAGGUGGGAAAAAUGCAUUGAUAAUAAAUGUAAUUUCUUUUGGUUUUGUUUUAUUUUCAUCAAGUUGUCAGUCGUUUUUGCCUGUGUCCCCCUUGUUGUAGAUACAUAUUAAAAACAAAUAAAAUGACUUCACUCCUUUUGCCAUGAA